CGCGAAAUUUUUCCCUUUGCCGGAAGACGGUUUUUACCCUGGAGUGUAAACAUGUCGGAGUUCAGUGAGAAGACAGAACAGUGUUAAAUAACUCUGUGUGGAUCUAUAAACCGCCAUCUUGGAUUGUGGGAAGCGCGGUCUAUUCCAGUUCGGCUUAGCGAACAUUAGCUACUACGUUUUUCCCCCCGCUCAUUUUUAGCUUUGUAUAAAUAUCAUAACAUGAUGGCGGACGCGCUGUCGGAGGCCAGUGACCUGAGUGGAGGAGAGGAGAGCCAGGAGGAGGACGUGCUGACCCCGGCCGAACUCAUCGCCAGGCUGGAGGAGGCCUGGCUCAAUGAGAAGUUCUCUCCAGAGCUCCUGGAGAACAAAUCUGAGCUGGUAGAGUGUGUGAUGGAGCAACUCACACACAUGGAGGAGAACCUGCAGCGUGUGAGGAAGGGUGACCUGAAGGCCAGCAUCCACCGCAUGGAGAUCGACCGCAUCCGCUUCGUCCUCAGCAGCUACCUCCGCUCCCGGCUGCAGAAGAUUGAGAAGUUUUUCCCUCACGUUUUGGAGAAGGAGAAGUCUCGAGCAGACGGCGAUCCCUCGUUCCUCUCUCCCGAAGAGUUCGCCUUCGCCAAAGAGUAUCUGGCCAAUACAGAAGUGUACCUGAAGGCUGUGGCGCUGAAACACAUGCCUCCCAACCUGCAGAGCAUCGACAUGCUUAAAGCAGUUCCACAGCCGUGUCUGGACUCCUUUGUGUUCCUGCGUGUGAAGGAGAGGCAGGACAACAUCCUUGUGGAGCCCGAGACUGAUGACCAGAGGGAGUACGUGGUGGAUCUGGAGGAAGGCUCGCAGCACUUAAUGCGUUAUCGCACCAUAGCGCCCCUAGUGGCCAGUGGGGCAGUGCAGCUGAUCUAGAUCUGGAUUGAAUCAAACACAUACGGACACCGAGACUGACGAUGAUGAUGAUGAUGAUGAUGAUGAUGCAGCACUGUAUAUUAUUUUAUAUAUUUCGUAUUCAUUUCUAUUGUAUUGAUCUGU